AUGGCAUCCGCUCCCAACAAGACCGAGGACACCAAGAUCAGUGCUACACAAGCUGAAUCCAUCUACCAUGACGAGAAGCUGUCAGACAUCAUCGAGGCCGACUAUGCGGGUGCCAAAGAAAAGACUGAUCCUGUUGAGAUUGCAUUGGUCCGCAAGCUCGACCGCUGGAUCAUGCCUACGUUGUGGGCAAUGUACUGGCUGAACUACCUGGACCGCAAUGCCAUUGCUCUCGCCCGUCUCGACGAUAUUGAGGACGACUUGAACCUUACGUCGUCCGAGUAUCAGACGUGUGUCAGCAUUCUCUUCGUCGGAUACAUUCUUGGCCAGGUUCCCAGCAAUAUGUACUUGACUCGGACGCGGCCCUCUUACUAUAUGUCCGGCUGUAUGACACUCUGGGCCUUGAUCUCAGGCCUUACAGCGUUGGCGAAGGACUUCAAAGGACUGCUGUUGACAAGAUUCUUCCUUGGCGUGGUCGAAGCUCCUUACUAUCCUGGAGCUUUGUACUUACUCUCGAUAUUCUACACCAGGAAGGAGAUCGCCACACGAAUCAGCAUUCUGUACACUGGCAACAUCCUGGCCACUGCCUUCGCAGGGUUGAUUGCAGCAGGUAUCUUCAACGGCCUCGGCAACAACGACGAAGUCGCACCCGGCAAAGGCGGCCUGCACGGCUGGCAAUGGCUCUUCAUCCUACAGGGCGGCGUCACUGGCGUAAUCGCAAUGGGAUCGGUGUUCGUGCUGCCUGAUAACCCCUUGACUACGUGGUGGCUUACCGAAGAUGAACGCCAACUGGCGCACUCACGUGUUGAGCGGGACGUCGUGGGUAAGAAAGAGAACACGUCGACCUGGCACGGGCUCAAGGAGGCGGCUAAAGAUCCUAAAUUGUGGCUGUUUGCCUUUAUGCAACACAUGCAUCUUGCUGCGAACGGUUUCAAGAACUUUUUCCCGACAGCUGUCGAGACGCUUGGGUUCAACAAGACGAUCACGUUGGUCUUGACUUGUCCGCCGUAUCUGAUUGCGGGGAUCAUCUCGGUGAUCUAUUCUUGGUCCUCUGGGAGAUUCAACGAACGCACCUGGCACAUCACAGCCGCUAAGCUAGUGGCUAUCUUCGGCUUCAUCCUCGGUUGUGCUUCUCUGAAUACCGGUGCCAGAUACUUCGCCAUGAUUGUUUUCUCGGUCGGAACAUACUGCGUCAACUCCAUCGUCUUGGGUUGGGUCGGCGCUACCUGUGGGCAGACCAAGGAGAAGAAGGCGAGCAGUUUGGCUAUCGUCAAUACCUGCGCCAAUGUGAGCUUUAUUUGGACGCCGUACCUCUGGCCAAGCUCAGAUGAGCCUCGCUACACAAUGGCCAUGACUGCGAGCGCGGCCUUUUCGGCGGCGACAGCUAUUGGAGCUUGGGUCAUGAGGAUCUGGCUCAAGAGGAUCAAUAAGAAGAUUCGGCAGAGUACCGAUGAGACGACUUUGUUGUAUGCUUAUUAG